UUACUCGGAAAUCGAGUAUCAAGUAAUAGCGCUUUGAGGGCCUCCCCCCUUUUGUCCUCACGUGGUUCAGCCCACUGCCAUUGGAGCAGGGGAGGAGGACACAGCGGACCGGACCACAGAGGAGAAGGGGAGAAACACAUUUCAGUACCCUGCUGUCCAUUAUGAUCUCACAGGGAUUACAAGAUUUCUUAAAAAUUCUAAGUUUUAUGUCUCGCAAUCCAAAAUUACAGCAGUGUUUAAGAAAGGGUUUCAGCACCGAGUCACUUUCAAAACAUCAAAGGCGAGUCGUUGUCACAGGUAUUGGCUUAGUGUCUCCUCUUGGCGUUGGGACUCAAUUUGUGUGGGAUCGCCUUCUCCAAGGAGAAAGUGGGAUUAUCGCUCUAGAUGGGCAAGAAUAUACAAGUGUUCCAUGUAAAGUGGCUGCUUGUGUGCCAAGAGGAAAUGGCAAAGGUCAGUUCAAUGAAGAAAACUUUGUGUCGAAAUCAGAAAGCAAAUCCAUGGCAUCUGCCACUAUCAUGGCCAUGGGUGCUGCAGAACUAGCAAUGAAAGACUCUGGCUGGCAUCCGCAAUCUGAACUGGAUCACUUAACUGCUGGUGUGGCGAUUGGAAUGGGAAUGGUUCCACUGGAAGAUAUUUUCAAUACAGGCUUGACGUUUAAAACAAAAGGCUAUAACAAAGUCAGCCCAUUCUUUAUCCCUAAAAUCUUAAUCAAUAUGGCAGCAGGUCAAAUCAGCAUUAAAUACCAGCUGAAAGGGCCCAAUCAUGCUGUAUCAACUGCUUGUACCACAGGAGCACAUGCUAUUGGAGAUUCUUUUAGAUUUAUAGCCUAUGGUGAUGCUGAUGUGAUGCUGGCUGGAGGAACAGAGGCUUCUAUUAGCCCCUUGUCAGUAGCUGCAUUUGCAAGAGCUCGGGCACUCAGCACUAACUUUAACUCAAGCCCUAAACUGGCAUGUCGACCAUUCCACUCAGAGAGAGAAGGAUUUGUAAUGGGAGAGGGUGCCGCUGUGUUGGUGUUGGAAGAAUAUGAACAUGCUAUGCAAAGAGAAGCCAGAAUGUAUGCAGAAAUUUUAGGUUAUGGACUCUCUGGUGAUGCUUGCCACAUAACAGCACCUAAUCCGGAUGGAGAUGGUGCUUUUAGAUGUAUGUCUGCAGCAAUUAAAGCUUCUGGAAUAUGUCCUGAGGAUGUAACAUAUAUCAAUGCACAUGCCACUUCUACGCCACUAGGAGAUGCUGCUGAGAAUCGAGCUAUCAAGAGACUUUUUAAAGAUCAUGCAUAUACUCUAGCAGUUUCCUCAACAAAGGGAGCAACAGGACAUCUUAUGGGGGCUGCAGGGGCUAUAGAGGCAGCUUUUUCUGUACUGUCCUGUUACCAUGGAAUUUUACCACCUACUCUCAACUUGGAUAGAACCGAGCCAGAGUUUGACCUCAAUUAUGUUCCACUAACAGCGCAGGAGUGGAAAAGUGAAAAACGACGCAUUGCUCUCAGUAAUUCAUUUGGCUUUGGUGGCACUAAUGCAACAUUGUGCUUCGCUAAUGCUUAACUUAAAAUGUAUAUAUGUGUAUAAAUACUACAAAUUCAGAUUGGUAUAUGGCUUGUAAAAUUAUGUGUGGUACUGCAUUAUGUUUUGUUAUACCAUAACAUUUUUACAUGAAGUAUAUCCCUUAUUAUUCAGUCACAUUGGGCACUUGCUUAUUUUUUUAAUGGUAAGUCAGUCCUUACCUAUUUAUAUUUCAGAUUACAAAAAUAUGAAUGUUAUUGCUUCGCAUUCUGAUUUUGCAAAUGCUAAAUGCUUUCUUUGAUUUCGUUCACUUCACUUGGGAGUUUAGGAUACUUUUCAUGUGGCAGGAUUUAUUCUUUAGGAUUACAACUCCUGACUGAUUAACAGCCCUGUUCAUCUCAUUCUCUCCUUUAAAAUGUUAUGCAGAACUUUUGAAUAUCAAAUUCAGCUCUUUAAUUAAGCAUGCCAUAUUUUAAAAAGAAGGCAUUAAAGUGGGUAAUGCUCUAAAAUGUUUGAUAUUAAACAUUCAAAAAUACAUAACACUGUAAAAAACCUAUUAAUUUCUCAUUUUUUUAUCAGUAAGUUCAAGGAUAUAACAGAAUAAUCUAAAUUGAAUUGUUCUUGCAAAUGGUUUGUAAAAGAUGUGGCUCAGUUAAAUAAAAAAUUAAACCUGUUUCAGGUAUUCUGACUGGGUGAAUCCAUCAAAACUGAGAGCUUUUGCAACAUCAAAGAAGUAGAAUCAGCUUACUUUCCUUUUCCUCAAAAGAUUUAACAGAGAAUAGAAAUUUAUUUCAUUUGAAAGCACGAUGGUUUUGUGUCUUCUUGUGUGUGUUGCUAAUCCUGAUUAAAUUUAAAUAGAAAGACUUAAAAUAAAUAAAAAUCCCCCAUACUGUGUUUGCAGUCUACAUAUUGAAGAUUCUG